CAAGAGUCAAGCAAACAGCAACUAAGAAGAAAGGUGCCGGAGCAUCCGCUUCCACGAAGCGAGUGCCGCAGACGAAGGGUAAGCCGACGAAGGGCAAGCGGAGGAAGGGUAAGCCCACAAAAAAUUCCAAACCUGGUUCUGCUCCUAGUGAAGCUUCAACACGGAAGCCUCGUCGCUUUAAGCCCGGAACUGUUGCUCUCCGGGAGAUCCGGAAGGCCCAGAAAUCAUGCAAUCUUCUUAUUCCUAAAGCCCCGUUUGUCAGGCUUACUAGGGAGUUCAGCACAUUUUAUUCACCGGAUAUGAAGCGCUGGCAAGCAGAUGCUCUUUAUGCACUUCAGGAGGCUUCUGAGUCGUAUUUGAUGGAACUCUUAGGACAUGCGCAGCUGUGUGCUAUUCACGCCAAGCGUGUCACACUUAUGAAGAGCGAUUUCCAAUUGGCAAGGCGCAUGACAGGGAAAGGUCAACCUUGGUGAUUUGGUGUAGCCACUAUUACCUUUGUUGUAUAGAUUUUUUGUUGGCAAUAGACUGUUGAAUGGUAAUGUGUAGCAUAUGCUUUUGUUAGAUUUACGGUUGCGUUCCAGGUAAAUGUAACUGAAUGGCAAUGGUAUAUUUGGUAAUGUAAUGGUAAAUCUAGUUAUGCUGUUGAAUGGUAAUUGGUAGAUUUGGG